ACAUCAUAACACCAGCAGAAGUCUUUUAGCCGUGUACCAAAUGCGGUACAAAACUGUCUUGGAGUGUUGCGAAGGAUGGAUCCUCGUGGGUGAUACUUGCACAGACCAGACAACUUGCGGUUUUGUACGCUGCCCAAGCACACCGAUCCAUCUUUCCUUACCCGAAGAUCGAAAUUACAUCCUAGUUGACUUUAGAGACUACAUCACAGCCGCUGAUGCUGACUUAAACCGACUGCCGCCGAUGAUUGACAGUGUGACAUCUACCAACGCUGCGUACCCGAUUACUAAGUACGAAGUCAGUUCCAACACCGAGGCCAGGGGAGGGCGAUAUCUGUUUCCUUCUGUCAGAUUUAGGGCUUGUCACGAUGUCUGUGACGUCAGUGUGGUCAUCAAAGACGAGACAGCACCACGGGCAAUGAGCUGCCCAGGAGUCAGCCACGUUCUCCAAGGAAAAAGCUGUCGUAACGUUCACCUCUAUGACUACUUCAACAGCAGCACGAUAGCAUCGUGGUUUCGGGACAACGUUGAGGUCACCGAUGUCAUGUGCAGACAGUCUACAAUACAGGACAUUGUGACGGGCGAAACAACGGCUGUCGCUUGUCAGGCAAAGGACAGGGCCGGGAACCCGUCUGCCGCCUGUCACAUCACCUUCCUCUGCAUGGAUAACGACACAUGA